AUGCGUCCCUGGAGCCGCCGGUCUCGGGGCCUGUGCUGCUUGGCCAGAGCUCUAUGCAACGAGUCGGCGUCAGAGUCGUCGUCGAUUCGUCUCACUACGCACCGCGACGUGCAGUGUCUGGAUCGCGACAUCGCGCACGGGCACGACGGUCAGGUGGAGCCAAACACGUCCGGUCGGCGCGAGGAUUGGAAGAUCCGCGUUUCGGAUGCGCCGUUCGGCUUCGUCGCUUGCGGUGCCAGCAUCGGUCAAGGUCCGCAAGGGUCGGGCCCGAUGAGGAUUUCCAGGCGCAGCUCAGCAGCCCAAGUUAGCAAGCAGGCUUGGCUGAGUCGCAGGAAGAAUGGAACGGCUGCUUCCGCUGCUUCGGCUGCUCAGACCACCUCGGCCCCUCGUCAUCCCCACAUCACCUCCUCGACGGCCAACAGCGGACCACUCACAGUGAUCAAGCUCGACCCAACCCACCGCCAUCCAAGUCCCAACAUGUCGCUGCAGGAUCAUCUGCGCUCCUACCUCCCCACCGCUUCCACCUCCCGCACCACGCUCGAUGUCGAUCCGUCGCUCGUUGCGUCGCUUCAAACCCAACUCAACGCCCUCCUCGGCUCUGGCGAUCGAGCAACCGCACCUGCGAAGCCCAGAGACAACCACAAGCCACGUGCAAGCAGUCUCUGGUCGCAGCUGCGAACGCUUGAUCGCCCAGAGCAACACCCUAGCUCCCAGGAUGGGCCUCAACACACCUACGAACCCGAUACAGCUUCGGCAGAGCUGUGGGACCAGGCAGACUACCAUCCCUCACGCUCCUUGUCCGCUGCUGUCGGCGGCUUGGAAGACCAUCUCGCCCACCUCUCGGCCGCAGAUCCACAGCUCGCAGAGAGCUUACGUCAGACCGUCACUUCCGUCCUCUCCUCAUCCCGCUCCGGCGACGAAAUAUCGGCCGAGCUCGCAGAAGCGAUCGGCUUCGAGCAUCUCGAACUCGUAGGGAGCAUCGUCGCUGAUCGUCAAGAUGUACUCGCAGCGCUCCAGUCCCACCACCACACCAUUCUUCCCGCACAGAAUGGUGCAAACGGUCUCGACGCCCACCAACCCAUCGAAAUCGCCCUGCCGCAAAGGAAUCAUAAGAGCCAUGCCAACGCGCACGACGCCUUCCAUCGCGGCAGCCGUCCUCACAUCCCAGGCUCUCAAGUCGUCGUGCAGACGCAAGAGGAGCGUCAGCAGGCACGCAGAUUCAAGAACGAUCUGCGCAAGGCCAACCGUCAGCGCGCCGAAGAUCCCGCGGACAGCAUCCGCACAUACACUGCAGAGGAGCUCGAACACAUCCGCGAACAGAGCCUCGCCGCCGCUGCCGAUUGCCCGCUCUUCACAAGCGCACCCACUGGCGGCGACGAGGUUCGCUAUCCGCACGUCUUUUCGUCAGGCGCACAAGGCAACGUACUCUCCGUCUUCGGACAGCGCUUCGCACUCCCCCUCGGCACCACCAGAGAGGAGAAGCAAUUCUUCGAAGAGGUCACCAUCCCGCCACCGCGCACCGUCCCCAUGCGCACCGACGAGCGCUACAUCCCCAUCAACGAGAUGGACCCCAUCUGUCGCGGUGCCUUCCCGGGCUACAAGAGUCUCAACCGACUCCAGAGCGCCGUCUACCCGCUCGCCUACAGAACCAACGAGAAUCUGCUCGUAUGUGCCCCCACCGGUGCCGGUAAGACCGACGUGGCCAUGCUCACCGUCAUGCGGGCCAUCAGUCAGUACGCUCGCAACAUCGAACCCACCGCCGGCAACGCAGACAAGGGCUUCGACAUCCGCAAGAACGACUUCAAGAUCAUCUACGUCGCUCCCAUGAAGGCGCUCGCCGCCGAAGUCGUGCGCAAGUUCAGCAAGCGUCUCCAGUACCUUGGAAUCAAGGUCCGCGAGCUCACCGGUGACAUGCAGAUGACCAGGCAGGAGAUCGCCGAGACCCAGAUGAUCGUCACCACCCCGGAAAAGUGGGACGUCGUCACGCGCAAGCCCACCGGAGAAGGUGAGCUCGCCACAAAGGUGAGGCUCCUCAUCAUCGACGAGGUGCACCUUCUCCACGACGAGCGUGGUUCGGUCAUCGAAACCAUCGUGGCACGUACGCUCCGCCUCGUAGAGUCCAGCCAGUCGCUCAUCCGCAUCGUCGGCCUCUCCGCCACGCUGCCCAACUACGUCGACGUCGCCGACUUUCUGCGCGUCAACCGAUGGCAAGGCCUCUUCUACUUUGACUCCUCCUUCCGUCCCGUGCCCCUCGAGCAGCACUUCCUCGGCGUAAAGGGCAAGGCCGGCUCCCAACAGGCGCGAGCCAAUCUCGACAAGGCGUGCUACGAAAAGGUCUCGGAGCUCGUCCAGGCUGGCCAUCAGGUCAUGGUGUUCGUCCACGCGCGAAAGGAGACCGUCAAGACCGCACAGACACUCCGAGAGAUGUUUCGAGAGGAGGCCAUGGGCGACAUUCUCCAGGACUCGGCCAACGAAAACCCGCGCAAGGCCUUCUUCAAGAAGGAGCUCCAGUCGAGCCGCAACCGAGAGAUGAAGGAGCUCUUCGAUGCCGGCUUUGGCAUCCACCACGCCGGCAUGCUGCGAUCCGACCGCACCCUCAGCGAGCGCAUGUUCGAGGCCGGCGUCACAAGGGUGCUCUGCUGUACUGCCACACUCGCCUGGGGAGUCAAUCUACCCGCCUACGCCGUCGUCAUCAAGGGCACCGACGUCUACGAUUCGUCCGCGGGCAAGUUUGUCGACCUGUCCAUCCUCGACGUGCUCCAGAUCUUUGGUCGUGCCGGUCGUCCGCAGUACGAGGACCUCGGUGUGGGCUACAUCCUCACCUCGCACGACCGCCUGUCGCACUACGUCGAUGCCAUCACCUCGCAGCACCCGAUCGAGUCCAAGUUCAUCGGCGGCCUCAUCGACUCGCUCAACGCCGAAAUCUCGCUCGGCACCGUGGCGAGCGUCAGCGACGGCGUGUCUUGGCUCGGCUACACCUACCUCUUUACUCGCAUGAAGCGCACGCCUCUCACGUACGGCAUGACGUACGACGAGGUGGCCGACGACCCGCAUCUGGGCGCCAAGCGCCAGCAGCUCAUCCACGUCGGCGUCAAGAAGCUCGUCGAGGCCAAGAUGGUCGAGCACGACACCGUCACCGAUCGCCUCCAGGUGACCGACCUGGGUCGCAUCGCCGCAAAGUACUACAUCGGCUACCGCACCAUCGAGACGUUCAACGAACGCAUGCGCAGCAACAUGAGCGAAGCCGACGUGCUCGGUCUGCUCAGCCAAGCCGCCGAUUUUGAGCAGAUCGUGCCGCGCGACUCCGAGGAGAAGGAGCUCAAGAAGAUGCUCGAGGCCGCUCCUUGCGAGGUCUCGGGCGGAAUCGAGACGUCGCCGGGCAAGGUCGACAUCCUGCUCCAGGCCUACAUCUCGAGAACGUUCAUCGAGGACUUUGCUCUCGUCUCGGACUCGGCGUACGUGGCUCAGAAUGCCGGUCGCAUCAUCCGGUCGCUGCUCGAGAUCGCACUGAGCCGUCGCUGGGCGACCACCGCAUCGGCGCUCAUCUCGAUGAGCAAGGCCAUCGAGAAGCGCAUGUGGCCCUUCGACCAUCCGCUGCAGCAGUCGCACCUCAACCCCGACACCAUCUACGCCGUCACGGAGCGUGCCGACGAUGUCGAAAUCGCCGACCUCGCAGAGAUGUCGGCAGCCGAGAUCGCCAAGCUCAUCCGCGUGAAUGCGAGGAUGGGGAGUGCAGUGCGCCACGCAGCGCGCAGCUUCCCGCGCCUGCACACCUCGGCCUCGCUGCGUCCGCUCAGCCACGACCUGCUGCGCAUCGACCUGCGUGUCGACCGCGCGUUCGAGUGGAGCGAGCGCGAUCUCGGCCGCCUUCACGGCUUCUACAUCUGGGUCGAGGACGAACAGGGCUCGGACAUCCUCCAGUGGCUAACGCAUCUGACCCGCGUCACCGACUCGCACACGUCGAGUGUGACGUUCACGAUUCCUUUGGGCGACUCGUUGCCGUCCGGGCUUAACGUGCGGUGGAUGUCGGAUAGUUGGCUCGGUAGCGAGGGCAGCGAGUGGAUCCCCUUUGACGACCUCGUCGUCCCCGACAAGCCACCCGCCCACGAUACGCUGCUCGAUCUGCCCUUCCUCCCCGUGCGCUCGGCGCUGCACGACGAGCUUCUGUGCGAGAUGUACGCGCAGAAGUUCAGCGCGUUCAAUGCGAUCCAGACGCAGAGCUUCCACACGCUGAUGCACACGUCGGCGAAUACGCUGCUGUGCGGGCCGACGGCGUCCGGCAAGUCGACGGUGGCAGCCAUGGCUGUCUGGCGUGAGCUGCAGCAGCACCGCAAAGGAUGCGUCAUCGUGCUGCACCACAAGACCGACUUGCUCGCCUCGGCGUUCAAGGAGACGCUCGGCGUUGCGCUGAAGCAGAAAGAGGUCGAGAUAAUGCGCACAUCGCUCUCGAGCAAGGUGGCUCCCUUCGUGUGCAAGGCAAGCGGCAGCGCACGCGUGCUCUUCACCACGCCCAUCAGUCUGCUUCGCGCGCUGAAUGGGCGCGAGGAUCUGGCGGAUCACGUGUCGCUGCUGGUGGCGGAAGACAUGCACCUCCUGGAUGCCGGCUACGAAUUGGCGCUGGCCAAGUUCAUGUGGUGUGCUGCGCGCACUCGGGCAGCAUCGGACGGCGGCGUCGAGUCUGCGAUGCCGCGCAUCGUGGCGACGAGCGCCAGCCUCAACGACGCUCGCUCGCUGGCGCAGUGGAUCGGUGCCGACGAGCUGUCCACGUACAACUUUCAUCCGAAGGACCGGCCGUCGAUCCUCACCACGAGCUUCCAGGCGUUCGACCUGCCGCAUUCGAGCGGCCUGCUAAAGGCCAUGGUCAAGCCGGCGUUCGACAAGAUGAAGGAGAGCCGGGCGCUCGGCGCGGCCAUCGUGGUGGUGCCUUCGGUGUGGCAGUGCUUCACGGUGGCAUCGGACCUCAUCACCAAGGCGGCGGCGGAGAUGGACACCGACGGCUACCUCGGUCUGCCGUCCGAGGAGAUCGAGUCGAUCCUGCCGCACGUGCUCGACACGUCGGUGCACGAGGCGCUCGUGCACGGCAUCGGCAUCGUGCACGAAAAGACGGUGCGCGAGGACCGUGCGCUCAUGGAGCACCUCUACGAGCAGGGCCUCGUCAAGGUGCUGCUCACCACGCGCGACUGCCUGUGGAGCACCACGUUGAGAGCGGCACUCGUGGUGGUGAUGAGCACGCAGUACGUGCGCAUCACCAAGGCGGGCAAUACGGGCGCUUCCGACCGCGAGCUGGUCGACUAUACGCUCGCCGAGCUCGGCAGGGCGCAGAGCCUGGCCGUCCGACCGGGGACGCUGUCUGAGCCGCAUCCGCCCGGCGAGUGUCUGGUGCUGUGUCAGAUGGACAAGGUGGACAUGCUCGACAAGAUGCUGCGCAUGGGCAUGCCGCUGCACUCGUCGGUGCUGCAGGACGAUCGUCGCAGCGAGCCGCUGCUGCCCAUCGUGCUGGGCGAGAUGGUGGAGGGCGUGCUGCAGCACGAGGAUCAAGUCAUGGAUCUGCUCAGCUGGACCAUGCUGCCUGCCGAGCUGUUGCGCAAUCCGACGUACUACGACUGCUCUGCUAGCGACGCGGCUUCGGUGGCGGCUCGGUUGACCCAAGUUUCAGACGCGCUUCUGCAGACGCUGCGUGAUCUGCGACUCGUCGAGAAGAAGGCGGAACAGGGCAAAGGCGGCAAGGCGGAGGAUCUGCGCGCUACGGAUCUCGGCCGUGCGCUCCACCUGCAGCCGGGCUCGACGCUGCUGCACGUGGUGCGCUGGUUCAACAAUCUGGCCGCCAAGCCGAGCCGGGCUGCCAAGGAGAUGGACACGUUUGUGCCGUCGCACCGCAGCCGGCGCGACACCGAUCCGAUCGACGACAAGCCCGAGCGCGAGGUACUCGAGGCCACGCUGACUCUGGUCCCGCCCGAGUGGCGCACUGCAUUCCGCCUCUCUGCUCCAGGCAAGGCCGAGGAGAAGGAGUCGGCGGAGGCAGCAGCAGCAGUGGCAGAGGAUGGUGCAGCGGCCGAGGCGAGCGUCAAGGACUGGACGCAUGGGCUCAAACACCGUCUGCUGCUGUGCAUGUACUUUGCCCGACUCGAUUUCAUCACGCCUGCCACCGCCGCCUUGCUCGGCAUGAGCAGGCGCGCCAGGAAGAGGCAGCAGCAAGAACAGGGGCACGACCCCACCGAAGACGGACAGCACGACGCUGCGGAACCCAGCGCGGCGGGAGAGGCAGAUGUCCAUGCGCAGGCUAUCGCGAAGCUCGAGACCGAGAUGGCGGCCGACCUGCUGGCGCUCAUGAGCUCGAUCAGCAGUAUUCCCCACCUCCCCUGGCGCUGGACGAAAGCAGGCUUCAGCUUCAUCAUCGACACGCAGAUAUCUCGUCACUUUGAUCUCUCCAUCCUCACCGCAGAUCACUCGCAUCGCUUUUCGCUCAAGAUGACAGCUUCGGCGCCACAGGUGCUUUGUAUUGGCUUUGGGGCGCUAGGCACGAUCUACUCGUACCUGCUGGAGCGCGGUGGCGCGCAAGUCACUGCCGUAGCUCGGUCGAACUAUAUGGCGCUUACCACUUCGGGGAUCCAGAUCUCGUCGGCCAAGUACGGCGAGAUCGCCGGAUGGAAGCCGCACCGAGCGGUACGGGAGAGUGAGCCCUCGAGCGCAUGCGAUCGCGACUACGACUUUGUAGUAUGCACGUUCAAGAACGUUCCGGACCACAAGAGCGCCUCGUCGAUCAUCCGACCCUUCCUGCGAGCGGGCAGCCUGCCCGUGAUUGUGCUGCUGCAGAACGGGGUGGACAUCGAGGAGCAAGUGCAUCGGUCGCUUGUUCGGUGCGAUCCGCCAGUGGCUAGUGCGGUGCUGAGUGCAGUCGCAUGGAUCGGAGCCAACCUGGCGGAUGGCGGAAGCAAGGUCGUUCACGGUGCGCUCGAGAGGCUUGAAAUGGGCGUAUACCCAGCCCCCGACCAACCCUUGCUCGAGGAUGGACGUCGAAGGCCCAGCGAGCAAGAUCAGAAGGCACUCGAGGCGUUUGCGGCGAUUUAUGCUGCCGGUGGGGGUGGUGGUGAGGCGGUGGAGGAUAUCGAGGCGGUGCGGUGGAAAAAGGUGCUGUGGAAUGCUGCCUGGGGCGGACUCUCCACGCUCGCACGCCAACCAGUCUCGACGCUGCUGCUCGACGAAACGCUGCACUACAGUGUCGGUGUAGUGCGCCGGACGAUGCUCGAGAUCGUCUAUGUCGCGCGCGCCUGUGGGCUCAACGAGACACGAUUCCCCAUGGCAGCCGUAGACAACGCCGUCAACAUCACCCUCUCCACCUCGUCUGUUCCCGGCGUUCAGGACCCUGCAAAGGGCGGAAAUCUGGCUCCGGCGUUCAAACCGAGCAUCCUGCUUGAUCUCGAAAACGGCCGUCCCAUGGAACUCGAGGUGAUCAUCGGCAACAUCGUCCGCCAAGCUAGGAGGCACAAUGUCGACACGCCUAGACUCGACCUCAUCCUCGCCACGCUCAAGCUCAAUCAGAUCCACGCCAUCCGCGCUGCAAAGGAGCGCGACCGAGGUCAGGGCCAGCAGAGCGGCGACGCGGUCACCACCUUCUCCCAGCUCAAGGCUACGUCGCGAGGCAACUGGCCCGCUGGCGCACCCGUCUCGCAAAACCCCCACACUUAUCUCUAA